AUGUUGAUCGCUAUGAUGCUGAGUGCGCACCAACGGGAUCAAGAAGUGACAGGGUCCGAUACAUACAAUCCGCUGCAGACAAAACCUGCAAUAGAACCCUCUCAUACAGUCGUUGAAAUCGCUGCAGACAAAACAGUGUUGUUGAAAUCGCGUCGAAAUCGCACACAGUCGAGUGAAAAGAAAUUAUCAAUGUUGUCUUCGUCGUUGUGUAAUCAGCCCCAGAUGGAUGGCAAUGAAGGAGAGGCGGAUUCCCAAGAUGGUUUUGUCAUGAAGAGGAUCUAUUUCUGCACGAAAAAUGGGCUGCUAUUGGAGCUUAGUGAGGCUGAUCCUCCAAGAUGGAUAAACCAUGGGAAGCCUCCUGGUGCAGAUGUUGCAGCCAUAGUUAAUGCUCCUGGAAUUAGGGCACAAGUCUGGCUGAUGUGGACACCUUUGGCUGCCAAGUUCCAUAAAGAAGAAAUUUGCCUUCUUAUUGAUGUAUUAGCCACAUCCUUGGAGGUUAAAUUCAUAGAGGAUUUCAUGUCAGUUGAAACAUCAACAUCCCACAAAGGUCAUUUGGAGAUUCAACACUGUACUAAUUAA